AUUUAGUUAUUUUUAUUUAUUUAUUUCUACAUGAAUUGUCACAUGUGAAAAACGUUUAACCCUUUGUUUAUAUGUUUAAUUGAGGGACUUCUCUGACUUCAAAGUAGUGGAAAACAUAUACCUAAAUAAUUCUCCAUAAUUAUCAUAUUACUAUUAUUACUAUUUUACUAAUCAAUUUUAUUUUCCAUUCGUGUUUCGUGGGUUUUAAGAAUUCCGAGUCGUUUUGAACGCAACUUGCACUCAGCACCGCUGCGCGCUUAAACCAUUAGCAUACGUCUGACAAGUUUGUGUUAGCAGAGCUAGCUGGUCUUUGGAAGCAACAACUGUGCAUUUCUGGCCAACUAAUUACCCAAUUGCACUUUCAAGAUGGUUCUCGACGACGCCCAGUUCAUCUCAUUUCUGAAAGGAAAACGCGUUAAACUGACUCUGAAGACUUCUUCGUACUUUGGCGUCGUCGUUCGCAUCAACUCAAACAAGACGCUGGUUUUGGCAGACGUGAGUGGCAGUAAUGGAUGCAAAUAUCUAGGAACUAAACUCUUCUUCGGACGUGAGAUUGUGAACGUUGAAUUCGCCAACGAAGAAAACGAUGACAGGAAAAUUACUCAAGAUGUGCCUGAAGAGCACCUGGAUGUAGAGAAGUUUCAGCCAUACAGAAAGUUAAUGACAUUAGAUGAUGAUGAAGAUGAAGCGGAAUGCAUCAACUUUGUGAUCAUAGAUGAGAUCCAUGAGAAGUUUGGACCUGCUGUGAUGCACAUCAAGAAGCAGCAUGUGAUUGGUGUGGGAGGUGAAGGAGUAGAGCUCUUCAAAAAUGGAAGAUUAUGUUGGCUGCAGAUUGCCACUAAAAACAAGGUGUACUUGUUUGACAUCCUUCUGCUUGGAGCGGUGGCCUUUAAGAAUGGUCUGUCUAUGAUUCUCGAAACUAAACACAUACUGAAGGUCAUUCAUGACUGUAGAGCCAUUGCUGGAAGUCUGGCAGCUCAGUUUGGGGUGAAACUAUCCAAUGUAUUUGACACACAGCUGAUGAAAACCCACAAUUCAGUUUCUCAAGAAAUUUCAGUGGCAGAUGCCAUGUGCUUCUACAGAAGAACGGGCGGUUUCCUUCCUGACAGAGUCAGCACUCUCCCAGAGGUAGUAAGUCUGCAUCUGAACGUGCCUUCCUCCAGGCUCUCAUCUCUUCAUGUGAGGUCACAGCUCACCAAGGAAGAAAUGGAUAUGUGGUACAAGCGGCCUUGCCCUGUACCGCUCCUGAAGGUGAUGGCGUUAUCUGUGAUCCAUCUGAAGCCUCUCAGACUGGUGCUGCUGGACACACUGAUGACCGACUACAUGAUCCUGGUGGAUUCGUAUCUCAACAGUAACCUCUGUGAACCUGAUGGACUGGAGCAUGUCACUAUGGAAAACGUGCUGGAGUUGCCUAAGGAGCUCAGGAAGCUGGAUGAAAUGCGCCGUGAGCGGCAAGAAUGGGCUUGCAAUCGCUACCCUGUGACAGAGCAAGGGCUGUUGGCUCGCUUCAACCCGUAUCCUAAGUCACAAACCACAGCUGCUGCUGAUGGCCACAGCAGUACACAGCCUGACUCCUUGGAAGCUGGUACUCCAGCACCACAUCCAUCACCAAAAGUGGAUAAAAAUACUUCCCUUACCACAGGUUUAGACAAAGAAUGCAAUCAGAUGCAAGUGCAUGUGAUGGGAAGGGGCAUGCUGUUGGGGAAAGAGCAGUCAUCUGGCCCAAGCUUCCUGUCAAGUGGAAGAGGUUUCCUUCUCCAGAAAGCACAAUCUCAGAUUCCUGAAGAGGGCGCUGGUGGAAUGAAAAGGCAGGAGAUGGCCCUGGGAACUGAUGGCUGUAAACUCACCAAACCUGGCUCCAAUGAUAACGAAUCUCCCAAAAACACUUGUGGUUUGAGAGAACAUCCUUCUCCACCUUACCCGUCCGUCUCCUCACUAAUUCAAUCAUUUCGGUCCUUCAGAAAUUAAGAGUCAGGCUGUAAAACCAAAAACCAAAGCUUUAGGUACACUGGUUGGUUCAUGCUGUGUAAUUUUUGUGACCACUAGAUGCCAGCAGACGUUCUUUUACAGAAGUUCCUUGUUAGCCUUUCUGAGAAGCUUAGAGCCAAAGUAUGUUUUAUUUGAGCUUUGUGGCUCAUGUUAAAUGUAUAGUAUUUCUGUUGUUUUGUAGUUUUUGUGUUCUACUGCUUUUCAUUUAAGUAAAUAAUAGGAUUCUGAAAAUUUCCAGAACUGAUGCCAUCAACUGAAAGUUCUGUUUGUUCUACAAUACAGCUUUUAUUGUGAUGUCUAAAGAAAUAAAAGUAUUUCCCUUGGAAAGAAAAUGAAA